AUGCCAACUUGUGUUGAAUGUGGAGCACCUGUAACUAAUUUAUACACAGAAUAUAGUAAAGGAAAUAUUCGACUGACUCAUUGUGAGAAAUGUAAAAAAUUUGCGGACAAAUAUGUUGAACACGAUUUUGUUAUAAUUUUUAUAGACAUGCUAUUACAUAAACCUCAAGUAUAUCGACAUUUAUUAUUUAAUCGAUUAGAAUAUCGAGACCAUGGAAUUGAUGUAACUAAAUGUAUUGAAACUUGGUAUCCUACUCAUACUUUUUGA